AUGUCUUAAAGAAUUAGAUCAUAUAGCUUUGUAAAGAAGAAUUUAGAUGGAUCUGGUUUAGUUAAGGAAAAUUCAAUCUUAAAGGAUAAGGUCCACCAAAUGAAAUUUUUGGUAGAAGACAAUUUAGAUAUUUUAAUAAAUGAGCUUGAUUAAGAUUUGAAAUAAAAAGCAUUAAUAACAGAUAUGUCAGAUGUAUUUUUAAUUAUCAAAGAAAACAUUGAGAGGUGGAAAAUUCAUAUCAACACUUUGAAAAAUAAUACAAAAAUUUUAGAAGCUUAAUUUGAAAGACUGAAAGAAAAUGAAGAACAAAUGAAAACCCAAACAUAAUAUGAUAUUAAUAACAUAUUUGAAAAAUAAUAAUAAAAAAUUAUUGAAAAAGAUAAUGUAAUAGUUACAUUAAAUUAAUAAGUGAAAGAAUUAUAGAAUUAGUUAGAAAUUAUUAAGUCAAAGUUAUAAGACUAAAUUCUACAUGCAGAUGAGUAAAUGAAGUAAUAGUAAUAGCAAUUGAUAUAAAGAGUUGCAUAAUUGGAUAAUGAUAUUAUCUAAGUUAAAUAACAACAUUAGUUUGAAAUCUAAGCUAUAUUACACAACCAUGAGAAAGAUAGGAAAUUUUUCAAAGAGGAAUUAGAUAAUCAAACUAGUUUAAUAGAAUAAAAAUAUAAAAAAUAUUAUUUGGAAAACUAAUAAUUCUAAGAGAAGUAUCAAAAAUAAAUGCAAUAAAUUAAAUAAAUCAAAUAGCAAAGAGAUAAUUUUGAAAAGUAAUUAGAUUAAUAAAACUAAAAAAUUAAAUAGUAUAUAGAAGAAUUGGCUAAUGAAAGAAAAAACAAAGCAAAAGAAAAUAAACAAUUAUUAGAACAAUAAGAAUUAAUUAAUUAAUUGUAAAAUAAAAUUAUAAUAGAAGAAAAAAGACAAUAAAGAUUAAAAGAGUAGAUUCAAUAAUUAUAAGAUUAAAAUUAGAUACUUUUGCAGAAACAUAUCCUUGAAAUUAAUGAAUCUAAUUCUCAAAUUGCAUAAUUAAAAAAAGAAAUAGAAUACAAGGAUAUAUUCAUUGCUAAUCAAUAAUCUAAUUUUGUUUAAUAAAUUUUGAUUCAAAAAAUAAAAUAUGAAAAUAUUCUUGGAAAUCCAAUAACCAUUUAGGGAGAAUAAUAAUAAUAACUUACUAAAGAGUUUUCUCAACAAUACGAAGAUGAAGUAUAGAUAAUGUAUGUGAAAGGUUUAGAGUAGUAGAUCAGAUAGUAAUAAAGUGUAAUCUUAGAAAAAAGCUAAUAAAAUGCUGAUAUUCAAGUGAAAUUUUAAAAGCUUUAAUAAAGUCUUAUAUAAUAAAUAGAUCAAAAAGUAAAAGAAACAUAAUAUGAAUGUAAACUAUAGUUGAACAAAAUGUAAUAAGAAAAUGAAAAUUAAAGAGAAAAAAUGUUAUCAGAACAUACCUAUAAAAUAAAUCUUUUAUAAUAAUAACUAUCAUUUGAAAUUGAUAAAUUUAAGACUGAGUUGAAAGAACUUUAAUAAAAAAUAGAGUUAUUAAAUAAUUAAAUAUAAGAAAAAGAAUAAAUAAUAAUCUAUCUAUCAGAAUAAUUAUAAUUAAAUAAAGAGUAAUAAUCUAGAGAUAAAAAGUUAGCUGAAACUAAUUUCAAUAACCUUCAGAUAUCCUCAUAAUAAUAAUUGGAAUAAUUAGAAAAAAUACAUUUAUAAAAAGUAAAUGAUAUAACAUCCUAAUUAAAUGUAUCAACAGGUUAAAAUGAGCAAUUAAAUUAAUAGUAUUCAUUAUUGUUAAAAAAUAAUUAGGAAUUGAGAAAUGAAUCUAAAGAACAGAAACAAUCUAUUUAGUAAUAUAAAAUAUAAUGUGACAAAUUAUAAAAAGAAUUAUAAAUUUAAUGGGAUAUAGCAAAAAGUCUAAAUGACAGAAUUAGAUAGCAGUAAGUUGAAUUAGAAAAUGCUAAAUAAACUUAUAAUAUUUUUACAAAAACUACUCGAAUUCCAGCAGUCAUGAGCAGUGAAAUCAGAUUGUCAAAGCUGAGGACUUCACCAAUGAACCGUAAAUUGAGAUCAAUUUCAAAUACUAGAUUAUAAUAAUUAUAAAAUUUAUGA